AAGGUUUCAACUGCAUCACGCAGCCAGUGUCCGUGCGUGCUGUGGCGUGCUGAAUCGACGCUUGUGUCAGUGACUUUGAGCAAUCAUGGCUGAUGAGGGAUACGUAGUCCGAAUCCGAGGUCUUCCUUGGUCCUGUUCAGUGGAUGAAGUACAGAGAUUCUUCUCAGACUGCAAAAUUAUCAACAAUGGAGGCGGCAUCCACUUCACUUACACGAGGGAGGGACGUCCCAGCGGAGAGGCCUUUGUGGAGUUGGAGACGGAAGAAGAUCUGAAGAUCGCAGUGAAGAAGGACAGAGAAACUAUGGGUCACAGAUACGUAGAGGUGUUUAAAUCCAACAACGUUGAGAUGGACUGGGUCAUGAAGCACACUGGCCCAAACUGUCCCGAGACGGCAGGAGAUGGGCUCGUGCGGCUCCGAGGUCUCCCCUUCGGCUGCAGCAAGGAGGAGAUUGUGCAGUUUUUCUCAGGGUUGGAAAUCGUGCCAAAUGGGAUAACAUUGCCGGUGGACAUCCAGGGGAGGAGUACGGGGGAGGCCUUCGUGCAGUUUGCUUCACAGGAUAUAGCUGAAAAGGCUCUAAAGAAACACAAGGAAAGAAUAGGGCACAGGUACAUUGAGAUCUUCAAGAGUAGCCGCGCUGAGGUGCGAACCCAUUACGAGCCCCAGAGGAAGCCCAUGGGCAUGCAGAGACCGGGCCCGUACGACCGGCCCUCUGGUGGACGCGGCUACAACAUGAUGGGCCGAGGCGGCUCCUACGAUCGGAUGCGUCGAGGAGGCUACGGAGGCGGUGUGUCGGAUGGACGGUACGGCGACGGCGGUUCUUCCUUCCAGAGCACGACAGGCCACUGUGUCCACAUGAGGGGUCUGCCGUACAGAGCCACAGAGACAGACAUCUACAACUUUUUCUCGCCGUUGAAUCCAGUGCGGGUCCACAUCGAGAUCGGCCCAGACGGCCGGGUAACCGGGGAGGCCGACGUAGAGUUUGCCACACACGAAGAUGCGGUGGCAGCGAUGUCAAAAGACAAAGCUAACAUGCAGCACCGCUACGUGGAGCUGUUCCUGAACUCUACAGCAGGUGGCAGCAAUGGAGCCUACGGCAGCCAGAUGAUGGGCGGCAUGGGAAACCAGUCCUCCUACAGCGGUGGCCAGCUGAGCUCAGGCUACUCUGGAGGAUACAGCAGUCAAGGAAACAUGGGCGGCUACAGUGACUACAGUAACCAGAGCGGAAUGGGAAGCAGUUACUACGGCGGUGGAGGAGGUGGAGGAAGCAGAGGCUCUAUGAACGGACUGGGCGGAGGAUGGGGAAUGUAGUUUUUUUUUUUUUUUCGUUUUGUUUUUUUUAAUUCAACACUUUGCUGAAUGGACUGGAAAUGUGAGGUCUCAGUAAAUAAAAGAUGGGGUCGGGCAAAAUUGUUUUGAAAAUACUGAGGGGUUGGGAUUAGGGUUUGUAAUUUUUUUUUGUUUGUUUUUUAAGGGAGUGAUCUUCCGAGAAGUAAGAUCAUCUUAAUCACAAGAAAUGCAUCUGGUUUGUCUUCCCCGUUCCUCCCAGAUCCUACACGUUACCGAAACCAUGCUGUCAAUGCCUGGAAGAGUGUUUUUGUGGUUUACUUCUCCAACCAGCAGGAAAUUUCUCAAAGUGAACUCAUGUACUGACGGACUUAACAUUCAAGUUUGAGUGUCAGAGUGUGAACAAAAAAGACUGCUGUCCUCUCAUGUUCAAAUUUUUCUUCCUCUAGCGUUGAGUCCCCUUUUUUUUUCUAUUUCCAGUUGAAAUGUUAGCCUAAAUUUGAGACUGUAAAUGAGCAUGUUUUUUUUUUUGUUUUGAGGUGUGACUGUUGGUAGGUUGUUUUCUUUUCCCAGAUGGGGGUGUUUAUCAAGGAGGGGAGUGAAUUCAAAAUCUGCCACCAUGAAGGUUUCUACUGCUUCAGAAGCGUUUUGUAUUUCCUGUGCACACAAAAGUGAAUAAACUAGUCUGGAGUAUCUAAUUAAAACAGGAGGCUUUAUUUGUUUAUCAAACAUGAUUAAAUAAAAAUCAUUUGGUCAUCCUUUCCUCAA